CAGCUCGACUCCCUUGUAACAUGGACGCAACAAAGUUUAAAGAAAUGGAGAGCGUUAAAGGCGACAACGAGACGCCGGCGGCGGCAGCGGCGCCGCGGGACGCCUACAAGGUUGCAUACAUAAUCCACUUCUUGCUGGGCGCCGGGAGUCUGCUGCCGUGGAAUGCCCUGAUCACCGCCGUGGACUAUUUCGGCUACUGUUACCCGGGGAGGCACGUCGAGAAGGUGUUCUCCGUGGCGUACAUGAGUUCUUCUCUGGCGGUGUUGGGCGCGAUGCUGGGAUUGGGGCGGCGGAAUCCGAUCACCAAGCUCUGGUUCAGGCUGAGAAUGAACCUCGGGUUUUCCAUGUUUGUUCUGUCUCUCAUCAUGACUCCCGCCCUGGACUGGUGGUUUAAAGACAACAAGCAACCGGGGAGAUGCGCGGCCGCCUACUCCGCCGUGGUUGCGUCCGUCGUCAUCUGCGGUUUGGCCGACGGCUUGAUCGGAGGAACCCUCUUUGGCUCUGCCGGCAAACUGCCUAAGCAGUACAUGCAAGCAAUUUUUGCUGGCACCGCCUCUUCAGGGGUUUUAAUUUGUGCGUUGAGAAUCAUAACGAAAGCGUCGCUUCCGCAAACGGCACAGGGGCUGAAAACCAGCGCGCACUUGUAUUUCAUAGUGAGCACGGCGAUAGUGAUAGGUUGCAUUGGGUGUUGCAACCUGCUGUACAAGUUGCCGGUGAUGCAGCAGCUGGUGGACGACGACGGCGGGGGGCGGAAUUCGAGCCCGGCGCCGAGAUUCUGGAGCGUGGCAAGGGCCAUCAAGUGGCCGGCGUUUGGGAUCUUCACGAUUUACACCGUCACGCUGUCCAUCUUCCCGGGAUUCCUAGCGGAGAACAUAGAGUCAGAGUUGCUGAAAGACUGGUACCCCAUUCUGCUGAUCACGGUCUACAACAUCUCGGAUUUCUUGGGGAAAUCCAUGACCGGAAUUCACGUGGUGAAGGGGAUCGGAAAGGCGACGUGGGGUUGUGUGGGGCGGCUUUUGUUGUAUCCCAUGUUUAGCCUCUGCCUCCACGGGCCGAGGUGGUUGAAAACCGAGACGCCCAUCGUGCUGCUCACCGUCACGCUGGGGAUAAGCAACGGCUACUUGACCAGCGUGCUCAUGAUUCUGUCCCCCAAAUCGGUGCCCCUUUCGGACUCAGAGAUAGCAGCCAUUGUCAUGGCGGUUUUUCUGGGGAUGGGUUUGGUUGCAGGCUCAGUUCUUGGCUGGGUUUGGAUCAUAUGAAACCAUAUUCUCUUCCAAUGCCGCAGAGCAGAGGUUGUUUUUUGUGCACCACACCACAUAGUGCUUAGCUUUCACCCUUUAAUUUUGAAUAUAAUGUAAAAUUAGAAUUUGAGAAGCAGAGAUCUUAUCCUAUGAAAUUUAUACUAAAAUCACUAAAGUUGAUAUGUUUAUAUA